AUGAUUGGUAUCCCUGUCUUGUACUUUUCCCCCCGGUUGAACACCGUAGUCAAUCUCCGGAUCGAGACAAGGUUUGCCAAAUACCAGGCUUCCCGGUGGUGGGCCUGUGUGGACAUCGGGCACUCGACUCCAGGCCCCGUCACUGGCUCAUCCAAUAUCCUCAACGCCGCUCAAGUGCUUCACGUCUCCAUCCACCAGCCGAUCUCGGGAUUCUUGGAGGUCUGA